AUGGCGCGGGUUCAUACUUUAGCAGACCUGGAAAGGCAGGACAAAAGUGCGCAGGGGGACUCUCAGACGUACGGGGGUGCAUUGCCAUCGAUUGCAUUCCCCACUGGCGAUUCCCCUCCUUCGGGGCGUAGCCUCGUGGAGUGUCUGUUGCCGAAGUUCAACGCGAAGCACUGCGUCUUUAUCUUGGCCGUCAUUGAUCUCAUAGUUUACAUUGCGACGGUAAUCUACGGGCAGUCUCCAGAUAACCCCACAAGCCCAUCCAUUUCUUCGCUGAUUACUUUCGGCGCCAGUAUUCCGAGUGCGAUAAGACGAGGUCAGAUAUGGCGGUUAAUAUGUCCGGUGUUUCUACAUCUAAACAUUCUCCACCUUUUCAUCAAUAUGUUCAUGCAGAUCCGAAUUGGAGCCUCGAUUGAAGAGAAGUACGGCACGCGUCGGAUAUGCGUGGCUUACCUCGUAUGCGCACUUUUGGGGAAUUUGGUCUCUGCUGCCACCUUCUUCUGCAAUGCGCUGAAGGUAGGAUCGUCUACGGCGAUUUUCGGCCUAAUCGGAAUUGAUCUAGCGGAGUUGUUGGUGAUUUGGCAUUCCAUCGAAGACCGACGCCCGGUAGUGUUGCAGCUUGUACUUUUCGGUCUCCUCUUUGUUUUUCUCUCCAUAGGUAGUGCUACAGACGUCGUAGGCCAUUUGGCGGGGAUGGCCGCUGGCCUUUCCUUCGGUUUGGUGUAUAACAGCUCGAAUCCUCAGGGUUCCCCGCAUGUCGAUGUCUAUACUCGCAUCAGCUACGCAUUCAAUGCUGUCAUCGUGGGUGUCUCGGUGGUAGCCCUGUGGUUCCUCCCCCGUAGUUGCGCCUGA